GUUCACAAUUACGUUGUAGUUAAGUUUGUUACACAAAACCAGUUGGUUUUUUUUUUUUUAGAUAUAAUGAUUUAAACGUUGUGUUAUUUUUUCCCAGCUAAUAUGGCUAAAGAGCAGCACUCCCAGUGGGCGGAUAUUUUGAAGAGGAGAAUAGCGAACGUCAAAAACGACGAGAGGAGCGACGAGGAGAAGAAAUCAGAAGAAACAGAUUUAUUCACCAAAUAUUACACGGAGUGGAGAGGAGGGGUCGAGACAGGCGAAUCCUACAAGUCCAUCCCAAGGUUUUAUUAUAAGCUGCCAGCAGAUGAUGAGGUACUUCUUCAGAAGCUGAGGGAAGAAUCCAGAGCUGUUUUCCUCCAGAGGAAGAGCAGAGAGCUGUUGGAUAAUGAGGAACUACAGAAUCUGUGGUUUCUGCUUGAUAAAAAUCAAGUGCCUCCGGUGAGUGGCGAUGAGGCCAUGAUCAACUAUGAAGCCUACCUGCAGGUGGGGGAAAAGGCAGGACCCAAGUGCAGAAAGUUCUUUACAGCCAGAGUUUACACCAAGCUGCUGAACAACGACCCGUAUGGCCGAAUUUCUAUCAUGCAGUUCUUUAACUACGUCAUGAGAAAAGUUUGGCUGCACCAGACCCGAAUAGGCCUGAGUCUGUAUGAUGUAGCUGGUCAAGGCUACCUCAGAGAGUCGGAUCUGGAGAACUACAUCCUGGAGCUGAUUCCAACUCUGCCUCAGCUGGACGGACUUGAAAAGUCCUUCUAUUCUUUCUACGUCUGCACUGCUGUCCGCAAGUUUUUCUUCUUCCUCGACCCGCUCCGAACUGGAAAAAUUAAAAUUCAAGAUAUCUUGGCCUGCAGUUUUUUAGAUGACCUAUUGGAGUUGAGAGAUGAGGAGCUGUCUAAAGAAAGUCAGGAGUCCAACUGGUUCUCGGCUCCGUCAUCUCUCAGAGUCUAUGGCCAGUAUCUAAAUCUGGACAAAGAUCACAACGGCAUGUUGAGCAAAGACGAGCUGUCGCGUUACGGCACGGCAACUCUUACUUCUGUCUUUCUGGACCGAGUGUUUCAGGAGUGCCUCACAUACGAUGGAGAAAUGGACUAUAAGACGUACCUGGACUUUGUGUUGGCCCUGGAAAACAGGAAGGAGCCGGCAGCGUUGCAGUAUAUUUUUAAACUUCUGGACAUGGAGAAUCAAGGAUACCUCAACGUCUUUUCUCUCAACUACUUCUUCAGGGACAUUCAGGAGCAGAUGAAGCUGCACAGUCAGGAGCCUGUCUCUUUCCAGGACGUCAAAGAUGAGAUUUUUGACAUGGUGAAGCCUAAAGACCCCUACAAGAUCACACUCCAGGAUUUGGUGAACAGCUGCCAGGGCGACACCGUGGUCAGCAUCUUGAUCGACCUCAACGGCUUCUGGACCUACGAGAACAGGGAGGUGCUGGUCGCCAACGAAAACGACGGCAGCAACACAGCUGAGCUCGACAUCACUUGAAGAGCAACGGUUAAAACGUUAAGAGACUUUU